CUGUUGCUAAUCUAUUUCCGCAUUUCAGAUAGCGGAAGAAGUGUCAAAUGAUUCAUCGGUUUCGUUUCGAUUACGCUCAUUACCGGAGAGCCGAUCGGAGUUGUCACUGCACGACGAACACGAUGACAAUGGUUCCAAUGGUGCUGAGACUUCGUCGGUUUUGGUGAUUCCAAGUGAACGACGUGUAUUUUUUGAGGACGAAGUCAGCGAUCUGAUAUCCAGGCAAAAUAAAGCAUCGUCGUCGUCUGAACAACAGUCGGUGAAAGCCAAUCGACGAAAAAGAUCAUCUUUUCCCUUUUUUCCUUCCAGUUUUCUGAUUCCAUUUUAUCGGCCACCGUCGCCAAGUCCUCGAAAAAUGUCGCUUGUUGGUAAACCGGUAACAUAUAAAAGUUUUCGGACGGAUAAAAAGUUUACAAAAAUGCAAACUGAAGUGCAUAAUUUUCUGGAAAGGCCACGUGGUUGGAGGGCUGCGGCAUAUCAUUUUGCUGUAUUAAUUAUGGUUCUUCUAUGCCUAGCAUUAAGUGUUUUAUCAACAAUACCAGAAUGGGACGAGCAAGCCACUCUUGUUUUAUAUUAUACUGAAAUAGUAUUUGUAUUUUGGUUAGCUCUCGAAUAUCUAUUCCGGGUUUGGUCGGCAGGUUGUCGAUCAAGGUACAGAGGUCUCGCUGGAAGAUUUCGUUUUGCUACCUCAGCUUACUGCAUUAUAGAUAUAAUUGUAAUUACUGCUUCAAUAACGGUGUUAUGCUUGGGAGCUACGGGACAGGUAUUUGCUGCAUCAGCCAUUAGAGGCCUUCGGUUCUUUCAAAUUUUGCGCAUGUUGCGCAUCGAUAGACGAGCGGGCACCUGGAAAUUGCUGGGAUCUGUUAUUUGGGCUCAUCGACAAGAGCUCUUGACAACAUUGUAUAUAGGUUUCUUGGGCCUUAUAUUUUCUGCAUUCUUAGUUUAUGUUUGCGAAAAGAAUUACAAUGAAAAAUAUUCGACGUUUGCUGACGCUCUUUGGUGGGGUGUUAUAACUUUGUCUACUGUCGGUUAUGGUGAUAAAACUCCAGAGACCUGGCCAGGAAAAAUGAUCGCCUCUGGUUGCGCUCUUCUCGGCAUUUCUUUUUUUGCUUUACCGGCUGGAAUUCUGGGAAGUGGUUUUGCUCUUAAAGUGCAACAACACCAACGUCAGAAGCAUGUAAUAAGGCGCCGACUUCCAGCAGCUCGAGUAAUACAGUGCCUUUGGAGGCUUUAUGCUGCACAUCCAAAAAGUCAAUCGGUUGCUACUUGGAGACGUUACCUUGCACCUGAUGUUUCAACAGUUGAACGAACUAUUUCUGGUAACGGACCAGGCGGAAGUCAAACCAGCUUUAUAAAUCGCAUUCGGCAAAGCACAAAACGAAGAACAACCCCAACGCAACCAGAUUCGUUGUCUGGAACUGCUACUGGACUUGCUGCAGUUACCAGUGGUAAUUCUGUUAUGAAAACACUCCUUGUGCCUAAACAUAGUGAUAAUAUCAGUUAUGUUUCAACGUCUGAGCUUAGCGAAGUGGAAAGUCUUGGAGCUCUUGGGUUUAGUUUAAGCGGAUGGAAAGCCAAAAGUCGAAGCGAUCCAGUGAAGAGGUAUCAUGAUGAAAUUCCGUCACAUCAUCAUCGAUUAAUUGGAACCACUUCAUCUUUAGGAACCGUUGAUAUUGAGACGCUCCAUCAACGCCGUUCGCUUUCCUUGUGCAAAUAUCUGACAGAAGAAGGGGAAAUCAUGAGCGAAUAUAACCUGAUCAUGGCUCCCCUGUAUGAAUGGUGCGAAAGGAUGAGACGAAAGCAGCAGUUUCAGAGCGAUGCCGACUUCUGGGGUCAGUUAGGAUGGUGCGCUCCGCACUCUCGGCGAAAGCCAUCUUUUCAAUAUGUCUUAGCUCAUUUUAUAGAAGAAGAAUGUAUGUCGUUACGGCCGAGAAGCAUGGAAGAAUUUUCACCACAGCUUAAGAAUGCAAUUCGUUUUAUACGACGAGUACAGCUUCUGGUAUCACGUCGUAAAUUCCGAGAGGCGUUAAAACCAUAUGAUGUCAAAGAUGUCAUCGAGCAGUAUUCGGCUGGACAUGUCGAUUUGCAAGCUAGAGUUAAACAAGUUCAGCAAAGGUACCAACCAAAUUGA